AUAACAGUGUUAAAUAACUAGUGGUGAUAUAAGUUUUUUCAAUAUGGCGGAUGCGGUAUUUCACACCAGAUCUGAGGGGGCAGCUUCUGAGGGUCUGAGAGACCAAUACGCGGACGGCAAGGCCGCUAAAGUCUGGGAGGUCUUCAUUGGAGACAAAAAUUCAAGGACGCAAAACUACAAGAACUUUUUGUUUAACCUGUUAAGAAAAAAAGGUUGCAAAAGAAUUUUGGACGUAGCCUGCGGCACAGGAAUCGAUUCUGUAAUGCUUUUAGAAGAAGGUUUUGAGGUUGUUUCAGUAGAUGCUUCAGAUAAAAUGCUGAAAUAUGCGCUGAAAGCCAGGUGGAAUAGGCGGAAAGAAGCUUCUUUUGAUAAAUGGAUUAUUGAAGAAGCAAAUUGGUUAACCCUAUACGAUGAAAUAGAACAAAUAGUUGGAGAUGGUUUUGACGCUGUAAUCUGCUUGGGAAACUCUUUUGCCCAUUUAUUAGACCGUUUUGGAGAUCAAAGAGAAAUUUUAAAAGCUUUGAGAAAUUUUGAAAAAUGCGUUAAACCAGGCGGACUUCUGUUAAUCGAUCAUAGAAACUACGAUGAUAUUAUUGAAUCUGGAAAAACUGCAUCAAAAUGCAUUUAUUAUAAUAGUCCCCAUACAGCAGAUAUUAAAACUUCAGUAUUAUAUGUAAGUGGACAGCCGGCUUUAGUUACUUUAGAUUAUUUCAUAGAUACUUCGUCGAAAUUUGGAAAAUCUGACGAAAUAGUGAAUGAGGACAACAUAAGUGAAUUCAGGUUGUCCUACUAUCCACACAAGUUGGAAGUUUUCAAGGAUAACUUAAGAAAAACUUUCGGGGAAAACUCCACCUAUAAAAUCUAUGGAGAUUUUAAAAGUUUAGAGGAAAUUGAAACCCCCAACUUCUACAUUCACGUAGUGGAGAAAUCUCGCACCUUUUUUUAGUUGUACGAAUAUUAUUUAUGUUUUUGUUUUUUAAUAUAUGUAAGUAGGUAUUUGUUUUUUGCUGUCUUUCAAUUACACCCACA